GCCGCCGCCGCCGCCGCCGCCGCCUGCCUGCGGUCCGCACCCGCGCUGGCUUCCCGCUUGACGUGCACGGGGGACGGCGGCACGCUGAUGGCGCUCGCCGGAGAACCCACACUAACGCUGGUGCUGCCGCUGACGCUAAUGCUGAUGGAGGGAGAGUGCAGAUAUUGCUGCUGUUGUUGCUGUUGCUGCUGCCGCGGAGACAGGGAUACAAAAUUCCCCGUCACUCCAUCCAUGAAAAACAUGGGCGAGCUGCUGUUAUCCCCCAGGUUGGCGGGGUUCCACGGCGGCACGCGGGCGUCAGCCUGGAGAGGCUGGGGAUUGACGAAGUCGAAGUUCAUUUGGUGUUGCUGCUGCUGCUGCUGCUGCUGCUCCAUACCGCUCGUCAUAUGCGACAGGUCGUUGUUGAGCAAGAGUGUGUUGAUUUCGAACUGGAGUUGCUCGUUAAAUGCCAGGUCGCUCUGCAUGAAGUAGUCCUGCGUAUCGUGGCCCAAGCCGGCGAAGCUGAGCUGGCUGUCUCCCCCGGCAGCCGCGGCAGACGUGACGUCGAACGAAGCGCUGCUCCCCGGAUAUGACGUCGGCGGGAUGAGCGGCGGCGGGGCGAAGGCGCUCUGCUGGUCGAAGUCCAGGUCCAGCGGCGACACGGCCGCCGGCGACAGGUCGAAGCGGUGCCCGAUGACGGCCCACGACCCGCCCAGGCUGCUCGCCGUGCCGCUCGCGGGGCUGGGGCUCGGAAAGAAGCC